AGGUAAAAACAUGUUCUCUCCUGAAGUGGGUGAUGCUUACAGAUUCUGUUGCCGUCAUGCUGGACUGUUUCAGUGUGAAAUUACCAACCUGGUGUUUGAGAUGGAAGGUAAAGGAGAGGUGCUGUACAAAAUGGUGUCCUGGGAUAACAGCUUUCUGGAGGGUUUAUGCCAAAUGCAGCCUGCUGGACCCCUGUACAGUAUCGAUUGCUUUGAAGGUUCAAUAAGUCGUCUGCACCUCCCACACUGCCAGAUACUUGGUACAGGGCAAAACCAGACUGGACUGGCUGUGGCACAUGUUACUGGCAGUAAUUUAGAGAUCAUCCAGCCACGAGAAGUGACGAACACACAUGUGGUGAUAGACGUCCAGGAUCUCUCCCUCUUCGGUGUCAUAAUUAAUCUAAUUUUCUCUGCUAGUCCCAUCACUGCACAAAUCCUUCUCUUCUGUGAAGAAAUGCCUGAUAUAGAAAUAAAUAAACUGAACAUGCAUUUACUCCCAGGAAAUGUUCCAGUGGAGGAGGUGCAAAAACGACAUCAAGGCAUCAGGUACAUUACGGCAAGUUCCAAAUGUCACCUGACCCCAGGUAAAAAAUACAGACCAUCAUGUGAGCCCCAUGAAUUCCAGCCAGAGGUUGAGAUAUUUCACCCCACUUUUGAGGUGCUGAUUAAAGACAAAGUCAAAAAUAUCAGACUAGGUCUUUUAGAAGAAGAUGGUCUGAUGGUGUGGAGGCCACGUUGGGUCUUUCUUACAGGUUAUAGCUCAAAAGAAGCCACAACAACUGUAAAUACAGCAGGUGCAGAAUUUGUGGAGAAACACAGAGAAAAUCUCAUUCAGAAAGUGACGUCAGUGAUGGAGAUAUUAGACAGAUUACUGAGUAAAAACAUGAUCAGUGAGGAAACGUAUGAAGAGAUUAAAGCUAAUAAAACCUCUCAGCAUCAGAUGAGGAAGCUUUACACAUUUCUCAACUCAGGAACUAUAAAAGAAGAAUUCUACAGGGUUCUCAGGGAGAAGGAACCUUUCUUAUUGGAUGAUCUGGAGUCUGGUCCCAGCAGGGCUUAGGAGAUACACACAAACACAAAAUACAAACAGCACAGAGAGAUUUAUCACCUAAACAGAAUAUGAAUAUGGCCGAAACUAUGUGGAUACCCGGCCAUGAGUUUGUUGGACAUUUUUAUAUUUCUCUUGUGAUAUUUUAUAUAUAUAGUUUUAUAUAUCUUUUUUAUAUGAUUGUAUUUCUUUUUAUUUUUUAUAUCUGUAUAAACACGUUUUAUAUCUGUAUAUUCUUGAAACCUGCU